UACACGAGCAGGUGCAGCUACAUAUCGCGAGCAGGAGAAAACUGGUUGACAAUGGAAAGGAAAAGACGCGUGAUGUCGACAAUCAACCCACCGACACACACCAGAGCAGAUCCGCAGCAAUGAGCUCCUCCUUUCCAACAUCGGACUCCACGACCUCAUUGCUUAAAACGUCCUCGAGAAGAUCCACGCACGUCCACGAACGCACGGCAGAGAGCCGGAGAAGUCAUCAGCACCAUCACCACCGUCCCGCCGCUGCGCUCCAAAGCAAUGGAACCCCCGAGGAGGCUUUCUUGUCGGCAGAGAGCGACGUCAGCGCCCGGAGACCGCUGUGCCACCCUUCGCUCUCCGGCAACCGGGACAGAGUUGAAUCCACGCGGGUCAAAUGUCGACCCCUCGCGAUUGACAGUCACCUCCCGGAACCCCCAGAGCCUGAUGGUGAAGCCGGACGUAGCGUGAAGGAACGCGGAUCACACCGACACCACCGCCGCAGGAAGCACAAUCGCGAGGAGCGAGCGCCUGCGACUGGAGCCCCCGAACCAGAGUCACCUCCACAGCCGCAGCAUCUCCGUCGUUGCUGCGCACGCCCUCUCCCGAGGACGCCUUCGCCCUCGGAUAGCCAUGACGACAGAACUCCCCUGUGCGAACCCCGGGACCAGAAGAGGGCCAGUUUGACCAAAAGCGGCGGCCAGGCCAGUAGGUCCUCGCCGUCCGCCAUCUCUCCGGUGCCGCUGUCCAGCAGUUCCUCUCGCCGCUCCCGGAGGUCCAGCGCUGCUUCUUCUGUCUCGGAUGUCAACCUGCGUACUGUCCUCAAUUCACUUUUUGGCCAGGACAGAGAGCUUCGUCCAGAGGAAAUGGAUGAGUUGCGGGAUGCAUUUAAAGAGUUUGACAAGGACAAGGAUGGUUUUAUCAGCUGUAAAGACCUUGGAAACUGCAUGAGAACGAUGGGAUACAUGCCCACUGAAAUGGAGCUGAUCGAAUUGAGCCAGCAGAUAAAUAUGAACUUGGGCGGUCAUGUGGAUUUUGAGGAUUUUGUAGAACUGAUGGGUCCAAAACUACUUGCCGAAACUGCCGACAUGAUAGGAAUAAAGGAAUUAAAAGAUGCCUUUAGAGAAUUUGACACAAAUGGUGACGGUGCCAUAAGUACAUCUGAGCUGCGAGAUGCAAUGCGUAAGCUUCUGGGCCAUCAGGUGGGUCUGAAUGAAGUGGAGGAUAUUCUGCGGGAGGUUGAUUUGAAUGGGGACGGGCUUGUUGACUUUGAAGAGUUUGUCCGAAUGAUGUCUCGUUGAGAUUGCUAAAUGAGCCGUCUUGAAUGUGAAGCUUCAACCCUCGCCGUACUUGAGCAAGUAGAAGAGAGAACUUGUUAAGAUUUCUGAGCCGUUCAAAAUUUUGACUGACACUGGAAUUUCAACUCCUUGGAUGUUCUGGAGCGAAGGGUCACGUCAAGCUUUCAAUCAAUAAGUGUUCUUCCUGAAAUGUCUCCAGUCCAACUGAGGCAGAACUUGCUGUAGCCUAGCUGACGAUUGUACAUUUCUUUUUGCACUUUAACUUUCAAGUAUUAACGUCCUGUGUGCGUUGGUUGCCGUCUCCUUUCCUUCAUGGGGACAUUAUGAAAAAUCUUGCAAAAUCUUGCCUUCGACUAUAUGUUAGAUGAAGUCAGGAUGUGAGAAUUAUUGCUUGUAGAUACGACUUAAAGACUGAGUGCACUGUUAAGCGUUUCCCCACUCGAUGUAUAGAUCAUUGUUCAAUGAAAUAAUGUAUAUUUGGGAUGUCCUUUCUCUGACAUUGGUGCCCCACUUGGGACCUCCUGUAGCAAUACUACAUCUGUAUCAGACCUGUGUGUGACCAGUUGUCAUUUGUACCUGUACCUGUCUAGCGCGAUAACAUCACUCAGACAGCCACAUGAAAUGUACAAAAAAACAAACCGUGACCUACUUCUCCUGAGUGUUAUUCCUGCAAUCAGACCGCAAAGCAGUUGAUAUAACAUUCAGUACCUCUCGGUUCUUGACUUUCAAAUCGAUUUCCUGUCGAAGCUGAAAUCUCGACAACCAAAGUUCCAGCUGUCUCCAUCCUGCUGUGGUUUUCAGCAUGUGCCACAGUAUAUUUCACAUCACAGUGUUUUCAUGCUCACAGGCUCAAAGUCGCAGAGUUGUCAAUCUAGCUUCACUCACAUAAUGUUGGAAUGACGUGUGAGUAUUAUUUACAGUGAAUGUCAAUGUCAAUAUGAUUGUAAUUGUGGUAAAGUCUCGCAAAUCUGUGUUGUUGAAGCAAAUUCUAUGCAUGGCAAAGAGAGAAUUCUGUUCCGUAUGCACAUUUCAACUUUGGGCUCACAGAAUAAAUAUUUUGCCAAGUGCAGUGUGCAAAAUAAAUGUCAUUACAUUGCAGUCCUA